GCGGCACGUUCAUGUGUUUUGUGAAUUAACUCAGCCGGUAUUUUUCGUUCAUCAAGUGUCUAUAAUACGACGUAAUUCUACAUUUAAUUUUUAAUCAUUAAUUUACUUAAAUACGUUGAUUUAUAUUUUUUUAUUGCAUUGUUGACCAAGUGAUUGUGUGAUAUUCAUUAUCGUUAUUAUUCUUCAGUGAUAAUCAAAUUAUUUUUAUGGAUAUUAUUGUUUGACAAUUGAGAUAAUAAUAAAAAAAUUGAGCUAAUUAAACAAAAAGAAUUUUUAAACAUUUAAUACACAAGUGAUAUGAGCUAGUGAUGAAAAUACAUGAUUUCCUUUCUUUAUAAACUUAACUUUGAGUAUGGAGUGAUUAGAGGAUACAGUUGGUGAAAUUGCUACAAGCGUGAUUUUAAAUUUUCACCACGAAGAUGUACCCCGCACCGGCGAGACACCCAGCCGCUCCCGGUGCUGGUGGAAGCACCGGGGCUGCGGGUGGACGUGGGAGUGGGUUUAUGGUGGCGGAAACUUGUGAGAGAAUCAAGGAGGAAUUUAAUUUUAUUCAACAACAGUAUCACUCAUUGAAACUGGAAUUUGAUAAACUGGCUAGUGAAAAAACUGAAAUGCAAAGGCAUUAUGUUAUGUAUUACGAAAUGUCCUACGGCCUGAAUAUGGAAAUGCACAAGCAGACGGAAAUAGCGAAGAGAUUGAGCGUGAUAAUAUCACAGAUAAUGCCCUGUUUAGCGCAAGAGCACCAGCAGCAAGUGGCAAAUGCGGUGGAGAGGGCAAAACAAGUCACCAUGACGGAGCUCAAUGCAAUUAUUGGACAACAGCAACAACAAGGAUUGCAACAACUUUUGCAACAAAUCCACGCGCAACAAUUACCUCACAGUGCAGUAGUGGGUGCAUUACCUCCGGCAAGUCUUUUAGGAUUCGCGGGUGCAGCGGCCGCAGCGGGUGUUCCACCUCACUUAGCGCCACCACCACACCCAGCAGCAGCUGCAGCAGCCGCAGCAGUUCAAGCUCAAGCACUUUUGAAAUCUUCAGAUCUGCAACAGCACCGAAGUACAACUGAAACACCUGAAGACCGGAAACCUAUUACAAUUUCCGAUGAACGACUAAGACAAUCCGUAUCACCAGAUAAAUUUCGAUCACGUACGCCUGACCUUGAAAGUGAUCCUAAACGAAGGAAAGAGGACAAACUCGGACAAGAUAGUGAUGCGGAAAAGAGUGAUCAAGAUCUAGUUGUUGAUGUGGCUAAUGAGGAAGUAACAUCUCCACAUGCUAACGGAGACCAUUUGGAUCAUCGUGAAAACGGAAGUAUAGAGAAGAUAAAUGCCCCAAGUCAUGGCAGUGCGCCAAUAUCUAGUGGAAGUAUAACGUCAUUGAAAGAAAGGCCACCGUCACGGAGUGGAAGUUCAUCAGCAAGGAGCACACCCUCACUGAAAAGUAAAGAUAUCGACAAACCGGGAACCCCAAUGGCACCGAAGGGAUCGCGCAGUUGUACCCCAACUAUGGGAGCAAUCCUUGGACCCUUAACGUCUCGAGGAUAUCAUCAACCAUCGCAGCAAACGUCACCGCAGGGAUACCAAGCAUUGCAGUCCCGCGCCAAUGAACCACCGCAAUCUCCAUCAUCUUACAGUAGUUUACCCUACGCUAGGACAUCUAUACUUGGAUUUGAUGGUCACAUUAGAGUUCCUUCUGCUAAUGGACUUAGUAAUCUUACCGGAGGUAAACCAGCCUAUUCGUUUCACAUGAAUGGCGAAGGACAGCUUCAACCAGCACCAUUCCCAACUGACGCUUUAGUAGGUCCAGGAAUACCCCGACAUGCUCGGCAAAUUAGUACUCUAACUCACGGGGAAGUAGUGUGUGCGGUAACGAUAUCUAAUCCUACGAAAUACGUUUACACUGGUGGUAAAGGUUGUGUAAAAGUUUGGGAUAUCGGACAAGCAAAUGGGAGUUCAAAACCUGUAUCACAAUUAGAUUGUCUCCAACGUGAUAAUUAUAUUCGAUCAGUAAAACUUUUACCUGAUGGGAGGACUUUAAUUGUUGGUGGUGAAGCGAGCCAAUUGAGUAUUUGGGAUUUGGCAAGUCCAACUCCAAGGAUAAAAGCGGAAUUGACAUCAGCAGCACCUGCAUGUUAUGCUCUAGCAAUAUCUCCAGAUUCAAAAGUCUGUUUUAGUUGCUGUAGUGAUGGCAAUAUAGCUGUCUGGGAUCUUCAAAAUCAAUCACUGGUUCGGCAGUUCCAAGGCCACACCGAUGGAGCUUCAUGUAUUGACAUCUCCGCUGAUGGGUCAAAGCUUUGGACUGGUGGCCUUGAUAAUACUGUCCGAUCUUGGGAUUUAAGAGAAGGAAGGCAACUUCAACAGCAUGACUUCACCUCCCAAAUAUUUUCUUUAGGAUAUUGCCCUACUGGGGAGUGGCUUGCUGUUGGAAUGGAAAAUUCUCAUGUUGAAGUUUUACAUGCAAAUAAAUCGGAUAAGUAUUCACUUCAUUUACAUGAAUCCUGCGUAUUGUCGUUGAAAUUUGCUGCUUGCGGCAAAUGGUUUGUGUCAACCGGCAAAGAUAACCUUCUCAAUGCUUGGCGAACGCCGUACGGCGCAUCAAUAUUCCAGUCCAAAGAAUCAUCAUCAGUCUUAAGCUGUGACAUUUCAACGGAUGACAAAUAUAUAGUAACUGGAUCAGGUGAUAAAAAAGCAACAGUCUAUGAAGUGAUAUAUUAGACCAUCACGGAGAGGUUUUUGUCUAAAUUAAAAAAGAACGGACGAUCACGUGUAUAAGAAUGGAUAAAUACUGUUGCCACGCGUGUAAAUAAAUAUUUAUAAUCAAUACAAGUGAAUGAAACAUGAAUAAAUAUCGAUGAUGAAUCACUAGAUACCAAAUACAACGAACGUAUUGUGGAUGUGUGACAAAUUAAAGACAUUCAUGGAUUACCUUUUUUGUAUUAUACAAUAGAAAUAUGUUGAUAGUUAAGAAUUGUACAUUUCGUGCGCUGAUGAAAUAAUUUAUUUGAUUGCAAUUGAUUCUUUGCAAUCGUAAUAGUUUUCAGAAAAAUCUUAUUUACCGACUGUUGACAAUUAGUCGGUAAAUUCGCCGAUUAUUUUAUUGACAAGUGAUAAUUUGACAAUCGGGAAAUUGUGUUUUCCCACGUUGGCAAAUUGAAAAAGAUUUUCAACAUACACACGGCGUCAUUAAUGCCUGAUCCAUCAAAAACUUUGAUACCAUCCGAGAAAUUAUCGAUGGAGUAGUUUUUUUUUUCAAAUAGAGAUUCAACAUCUAAAUUAAUUUAGAAAGUUUAUGAUUAAAUACCCUUCCAGAUAGUCCCUAUAACAAUAGACUAUCCCCACUAAAACAUUU